AUGAGGCAGUGGCCAGCAGAUGGACAUACAACUGGGAAAGCUGAAUUUGUGUGGGCUCCAGGAGAGCCAAGCACGUGGCUUAAGAACGGAGGAACCCAAGACUGUGCAAUCAUGCACACAACCGCAUUUGAUGGUCAGAUAAUAAAUUUGGUUCACAGAGCAUUGGACGACUCGAUGUGCGCCUUUUUAUGGCAAAUGGUCGCGUGUGGAAAGAGACCGGACUCCAGAUAA